ACUCGGGAAACGACCAUAUCAACAGGACUCGCCUCAAGGCCCGGUCAGAGUGUAGUAAGAAUUUGCUUUCGCCAAGGUCUCCACCUUUGGAUUUGGACCGAUGUAGCGCUGCUAUGGAUACUUGAACAUAAAAAUUAUGGAAUAGCGGGAGAGCAACUGGGUGACAAGCCCGCAAGAGGGUCUAACGGAAUUGGCCGUCCCCAGCUGACCCGCCAAAGCUCUGACCCGGCGGAAUGUCAACUGAGUACUGUCUCGAGCUGAGGGAAGUCAAGGGAGCACCGCCAAAUAGCUGGCUGGUCCUGGAGGUAAUUGUGCGGACCCCGCGGCUGCUCACAACAGUCCGGAGAAAGUAUGCCAGCAAACCGUUUCACGCGUCCGCUGCCACCGGUGUGGUGGUGCAGUGGCUGCGGCCUUCAGCAGCAGCCAAGGCACUGGUGCGCGUAAAGCUCCUCGCCAGCCAGGAUGUCGCAGCCCUGGGGGACGCAGGCGAUGUGGCGGCGGCGGCGGCGGCGGCAUCAGACGGCAGCAGCGAGCUACACAAGAGCUCGGCUGCUGAUGUGCUGCUGCCGCCGGCGCAGCCGACCCAAUCAGGGCCCCAAGCAUCAGCCGCGACAGCUGCCUUGCAAAGCCUUACGGACCUGCAAUGUGCACGUGUGCAGCUGCUGGUGCCGCCGGAUGCAGCGGCUGUGGGUGGGGGUGCAAUGGCGGAUGCGAGCGCGGGUGCUGGGCCGGGAUUGGGCGGCAUCCGCAGCAACGGAGGAGGCCACGGCGUGGCAUUGCCGCUAGACCUGUACUACGUGGUGCGCCCUCGAUGGACGCCCGACCUGGCAGCCGGGGCAACGCAGCAAGUAGUAGCAGGCACAGCAGGUGCCAAAGGGGCAAGUGAUGGGGCGGCCUCCAGCUGGGCCGCGGCUCCCCACGCUGCGGCCUGGGGGGAUGCAGCAGGACCAGGCACCGAGCCUCCAACGCCCUCCACAGCGGCAAAGAAGCGAACGUGGCUAUCAGCGUUGGGGUUCUCACGCAGUGGCACAUCAGCAGCAGGCAGCGGCCAGACAGGAACUGACGCCGCUCGGUUGUCAGCGGGCUUACAGGUUGCAACUGCUGCUGCCGAGGCGGCAGCUGGAAUUGCGCCAAGAGGCACAGCAGCCACGGACGUGCGGGCCGUUACCUCUGCGGUGGCGGCCUCGUCUGUGUCUACGUCUGUACCCACGCCAGCAGGGCCGUCGCGGCCGUCUGGCGCGGACGUUACCGCCGGCGUGAUGGGGUCGUUUGGCAGGGCGGAGUUGGCGGGCCGCAGCCAAACCGCCUUUGCCGCCGCCGCAGCCGCCGGCAUAUCCGCCGCCGGCAUGGCACCAGCGCCGCCGCCGCUGCAGCCGCGGGAGGCAGGAGCGGCGGCCGCGAGCCUGAGGCUGCUGGCCGCGCCAGGGGUGUCAGGCUCGAUGCGCUCCGACGUGGGCGACAGCCACACGCCCACCGGCGGCCUGACGGCCAAGUCCGGCUCGACAGCCAUGGCGACGGCGACCCCCAUCGCCUUGUCAUGGCAGCCGUCGUCGACGCUACCGCCAGAGUCGCAGGCGUCACAGCAGUUGCUGCAGCCGCCCAAGCGUCGGCGCCUCGGCGACUUCUUUGCCAGGCUGUUCGGAACCUCCAACCAUGGCCACAGCAACAACCACGCGGCCGCAGCGAACGGCAACGGCGGCAUCCGCGGCCGCGCCGCAGGCGCGGACGGCGCUGCCUCCGCCAGCGCCGCAGGCGCUGCAGCAUCCGCCGCCGCCGCAGGCGGGCACGCCACGCUCGGCACCACCACCACCACAUCCACCUCGGCCGGGGCGUCCCCGCACUCCACCGGCUCUCUGCGCCGCCACCCCAGCCUCACAAACCUGGCGCCGCUGGUGCCGCCCAGCCCGCGCCUGGGUGACGUAUAUCGGAUCCAGGGCAACGCGAUCGCCAGCGAGGCCGGCGUGCAGGUCGGAUUUGGAUCCAUGACCAGCGCCUUCCACCAGGCUCCAAACCAGAUCCAGCAGCUGUUGGGCGCUGAGGGCGGGGCCGCGGCGGCCUCUGUUGCGGCCUCCGGCCGCCUGGCAUCGGGGGCUUUGCAGCACAGCGGCGGCAGUGGCGGAACGUUCCCCGUGCCCAUGCAGAUACAGCCAUCCACGUCAGCCUCGCUGCCUGGGCUGGAAUCGCCAGGCGCUUAUGCGGGUGAGCUGUCGCCGGCAUACCGCCUGCCCGCGGGCGCGAUGGUGGUGGAGCCGCCGACGGGCUGCUUGGCCGCGGCCAGCCUUGCCAGCCCCGCGGCGGCUGCGGCGGCAGCAACAGCUGGGGUUGGGGUCGCAGGCAGGGGUGGCGCAGGCGGUGCGUGGACAGGAGGCAUGGCGGAUGGCGCUGAAGAUGUCGCAAUACAGGCGGCCGCGGGGGACGAUGCCGCGGACGUGCCGCACUUGUCGCAGCCCAGCCCAAUGGCGACGUCGCCAGGCGCGCCGCCGGGAGGCUGCUUCCUCUUCUGGCGGUACGGCUCCGCCAACGCUCGCAAGCAGCAACAACAGCCUCACCAGCAGCUGCCGCCAUCAGAAACGCACCCUGCAAAUGACGAGUCCCCAGCGGCGGCGAUGGGACGGUCAGCGGGGUUACAUAGCGGCCCUACCAGCAACCGCGGGAUAGGCCGCGACCCGGGACAGCUGCGCACGCUAGGCCGAUCGACGGGCGGCCCGAGCAGCGCCUCCGCCGCCUCCACGCCCACCCACUUGCACCCCGGGCAGCACUAUCUGGACCAGCACGGCACCGGGCCGCAGGCCGGUUCAGGGCCAGGCGCAGCCCCGCCCGGGCUCGCAAGCACCAGCGUCAGCAGGGAGGGCACCGAAGGAGGUGCCGGCAUUGCAGGGUCAGGGCGCGGCGGGCCACCCUCCGCAGGCGCGAGCGCUGCUGCCGGGUCGGGAUCAGCAAUAGCAGCGGCGGCAGCAGAAGCAGGGGCGGCAGUAGCAGCGCUGCCGCAUCCGCUGGAGGCGGAGGUCAACCGGGUCAUGGGCUGGGUGGCUGGGCAGUCGGGCCCGGGCGGCAUGGACGAGGACGUGCGUGUGGCCGCCAUCAGCCAAUGCCAGUUCCUGCUGGACUGCUUGCACAAUCCCGACAUGUCCUGGCUGGUGCCGGACAGCCUGCUGCAGCUCAAACAUGAGGUGGGCUUCCCGUUCGACUCGGGCGUGCCAAUCGCGGGCGCCCCGGGCUGGUACCGCCUGGUGCUGCAGCCCAUGCAGCUGCCACAGCCGCCGCCGCUGCCGCGGCAGCUGGCCUCGCCGCGCCCCGAUGCAGAGCAGCAGCAAGCAGGGUCAGCAGCCGCGGGCGCAGGUGAAGGGCACGGCGCGCUGGUGGUUCCAGCGGUGACGCGGCCGGGGUCGUUGUCGGGGGGAUCGGCAGGCGCGGCGACGGGCGCAGCAACGGCGCGGCAGCAGCCCGAGGUGCUCAAGGUGCGCUGGUCGGCCAUUGACCAGCGAGCCGCCGGCGGCGCUAACGCCUGCGCCGCCAUAGCACUGGAAGUGGCGUUGUGGUGCUUGGCAGCCAUGCAGCGGUGGCGCGCUGCCACCUCCGCUGCUGCUGGCAGUGGCAGCGGCGGCGCCUCUAGUCAGCGUGAGCGGCGCGGCAGUGGUGGUGGCAGUGGCGGCGGCGGCAGCGGCGGAGCCGCCUUCGGCGCCAACGGCCGCACCGGCUCCUUCGACCACCGUACCGGCAACAGCGGCGCUGCAGCCAGCGGCAACAGCCACAGCCGGGGGCUGCUCCCGGUGCUGUCCCGCUCGCAGCGGGAGCGCAUUGCCAGCGCUGCCGGCAUCGACAUGGACGCGAUGAGCGGCUCGGCGUUGGAGGGCGCCAUCCGCACCGGCACUGCCGUGUGGAUGGGGCUGCUGGCUACGUCACCGGCGGCGCGUGUGGCGAGCAGCACAGGCGACUUUGACCUGGAGCACAUGCUGCAGCUGGGCGGCUACGGUGAGCGGCUGCGGCUGUCAGAGUACAUUGCCGCGACGUUGAUCCAGCCGCCGGGCGGUGGAGAUGGAACAGCAGGCGGCGGCGGAGGGGCGCCGGGGAGGCGGGCGAGCAUGGAAAGCGCGGGCUGGGACCCGGCGGGCUCACGCCGGGCGAGCCGGGACGGGCCGGGGCAGGCAGGCGCUGCCGGAAGCGGCAACGCUUGCGAUGCAGUGGCAGCCAUGGCGGCUGCGGCGGCUGGAUGUGGUGCCAGUGCUGGAUCCCGGCCGGGCCCUCAGCCGCCGCUGUCGUCCUCGCCGCUGCACGGCGGGAGUCUCAUGUUCCCCACCUCGCUGCCUCUCACGCCGCCGCCGCACCACGACAGCCCUGGCAUUCCGGGUUCCAAGCAGUCGGCCGCGCAGCGCGCCACGCCGGGGAGCGAGCCGCGUGAGGCGCCGGGAACAGGCGGCUCGCAGCCUGGCUCGCACCCAAGGCCGCCCCGGCCGCCGCGGCCGCCACCGCUGCAGACCUGCGCCUCACCGGAUGGCGGGCAGCACCAGCAGGCGCAGCACGUGCCGCACCCGCCGUCCAUGCCGCCGUACCGCGCGUCGCAGAACGGGGUGCCGUACUUCGCCUCCCUGGUCCGCAACCUGCAACAGGGUGUGUAUGUGCUGGGCGUGCACGGCCACUUCACCACGCUGUGGCUCAGACCCGGGGGCCAGGUGCACGUGAUCGACAGCCUGGGCGCCCGACUGGCAGCCGACUGCCCGCUGGGCUUUAUCGUGGAGUUCGACUGCGCGUCCGACUUCCUUAGCUUCUUCCUGGCUAGGCACGGCGUGCGGGGCCAGGCGGCGGCGGCGGACGCAGACGACAUCAGCGGCGGCAACCUGGCGGCGCUGGUGGAGGUGCACAGGCUGGAGCUGACGGCAGCUGGGGUGGGGAUGGUGGCGGGAGGCGUGGGUUCGAGCUCGGGCGCGGGGGCGGGCGGCGCAGGGAAGAGCCAUCGAUUGUGACGGAGCGGAGAAUGACUCAGGGUGGGUUGAAGAGUGGCAUGCCGUGCAUGGCUUGCGCAGGCUCACGUCAAUGGAAAUGGGCGUGGACAGUGUGAAUGUUGAGGCGGCACUGCUGGGUGACCCAGGUCAGCAUUAUGUGCAGGUGGCAGCAAUGGACAAAUGGGUAACCCAAUUCAUGCUACAUUGUACACCCGUGUGUGGUGCACACAUCCGGGAAGUCCCUUCUUGCAAUGUCGUUAUUAUAUGUAACGUUAGGUAUGG